AACUGCGUGAUCAUACAUUCAUAAAUCAUCAGCCACACGAAAACCUUUGCCAUAAACAGCCUAACCAAAUCAUCUCAUCACUGAAAAUGAACCCCUCCCAAGUGAAAGUGCCCUUCUCUUGGGAAAACAAGCCAGGGAUUUGCAAAGAAACAGGCCAAUUACAAGUGUUUGAAGAAGAUUGCAGCCUGCAAAAGCUACCACCUCCUCCAUGCCGAUCCGAAAGCGGCAACAUAUCGAUGCAUGACAUCGAAAUCCCUCUCCCUCCAUGUGUUUUUCAGCCCCCUUUGAGAACUUCAUCAGGGAGAUCACUCAAGAAGACUGAGAAUGAUCCCUUUUUGGCUGCUUAUAAAGAGUGCACCAAGAGCACCAAGAAAGGUAAAAAAGAUGGGUCUGGUUUAAAGAGAUUAUUCAGUUUCUCUUGUAAACGAUCAUGCAGUGUUAGGGAUGAUAAUAUCGUUAGGGUUUCUCAGCUUCCUCUUGAUCAGAGAGACACUGAUUUAGGUAUAGAGAUGGGGAAUUGUUGUUUGUGAAC